UCCAUUGGAAGGAAUACCCCCUAUGUGACAGCUGUCACACGUGCCAGUGAUAAAAAAUCCCGCACACCUACCAUCCAAACGCGUUAGUGUGUCGUUUUUUCGUAGCAGGCUAUGUCGUUGGGCAACGCAGGGCGAAUUGCUGUCUGUUGGACUGUUCUGACCGUGGGUGGCGUGUACGCAUUUGUGCUGUCGAAGAGAUCCGUUGAGAACCGGCGUUACGAGAGCAUGCGAGUGCGUGAGCGCAUGAGGAAGGCAAACCAAGGGGAUUACGACUCAACCGCAGCAUCGGACAGGCGAUUCGACUACUAA